CUGCCCGCCGCCCCGGAAGGCGCUGGGCUCGAACCGGGGCCGCGGCGGCUCCGGCAGGCGCUCCCCGCUGGAUCAGGAGCUGCUGCCCCGGCGGCCGAAGGUCGGAGAUGGGCCGGCGCUCCUCGGACACGGAGGAGGAGGGCAGGAGCCGGAGGAAGAAGAAGCACCGCCGGCGCUCCUCCUCCAGCAGCUCCUCGGACAGCCGCGCCCACAGCCGCAAAAAGUCGGGCAGGAAAUCCAGGUCCAGGUCGCGCUCUCGGGAUCUCCCGUCCUGGUCCCAUUCCUAUGAGAAAAGGCGCAGACACAGAUCCAGCAGCAGCUCUUCCUACGGCUCCAGGAGGAAGCGCAGCCGCUCCAGGGGCAGAGGCAAAUCCUACAGGUCCCAAAGGUCCAGGUCAAAGAGCAGAACCAGGAGGUCGCGCUCGCGGGCCCGGCAGCGAUCCUACAGCCGCAGCAGCGAGCGGUCCGGCCAGCGGAGAACGCCCAGCGCCUCCCGGGAGCGACGCAGGGGCCGCGACAAGGACAAGGCCAAGGACAAGGACAAGGGCAGAGGGAAGGAGAAGGAGGCUCACGGAACCAAGGCCGGGGACUCUGCGAACAUCAAAGCUGGAUUAGAACAUCUGACUCCUGCUGAACAGGCCAAGGCCAGGCUGCAGCUGGUUCUGGAGGCAGCUGCCAAAGCAGAUGAAGCGUUGAAGGCCAAGGAGAGAAGUGAAGAAGAAGCCAAAAGAAGAAAGGAAGAAGACCAAGCCACCCUCCUGGACCAAGUGAAGCGAGUGAAGGAAAUCGAAGCCAUCGAAAGCGACGCCUUCGUCCCACAGACCUUCAGGUCCAGCAAAGAAGUCAAAAAGUCAGCAGAACCUGCUGAACUCCAACAGGAGCCUGUCAGCGUGGGAGCCACUGAGGCAGCUGCUGCUGAGAAAGAGCCUCCAGCUGCCAACAUUCCCACUGCCAUCAAGUACCAGGAUGACAAUUCCUUAGCUCAUCCAAAUCUGUUCAUGGAGAAGGCAGAGGCUGAGGAGAAGUGGUUCCAGAGGCUGGUGGCUCUGCGCCAGGAGCGGCUGAUGGGGAGCCCCGUGGCCUGACAGCUCCCAGGACAUCCCAGGCCACUUCCACACGGAGCUCCUACACUCAGCUGUGCUUUUUGUCCCUCAGAGGAGAUUUGGAUGAGCUGGGCAGGCAGGGAGGGUUUCAGUGGAUAACCAGGAAUGGCCUGCCCUGCUCCACCUGGGUGGCCAGGAGUGUUCUCUCCUGGUUCCCCUGAAUAACCAGGAAUGUUCUCUCCUGAAUAACCAGGAAUGUUCUCUCC